CCUCCUAGGUUUAUAAUCCUCUGCGUGGAGUAGCGCACCAACUUUGUCUGUUCGUGAAGGGUCACAAAGUCUUUAUUUCGACAAAAUGAGGGAAAUUGUUCAUCUUCAAGCUGGCCAGUGCGGGAACCAGAUUGGAGCCAAGUUUUGGGAGGUGAUAAGCGACGAACACGGUAUUGACCCCACCGGGGCAUACCACGGGGACAGCGACCUUCAGUUGGAUCGUAUCAACGUGUAUUACAACGAGGCGUCAGGUGGAAAGUAUGUCCCUCGUGCUGUUCUGGUGGACUUGGAGCCGGGCACCAUGGACUCGGUGAGGUCUGGUCCUUUUGGACAGGUGUUUAGGCCUGACAACUUUGUUUUUGGUCAGAGCGGUGCUGGUAAUAACUGGGCUAAGGGCCACUACACUGAAGGAGCGGAGCUGGUGGACUCGGUGCUGGAUGUGGUGAGGAAGGAGGCGGAGAGCUGCGACUGCCUGCAGGGCUUUCAGCUCACCCACUCCCUGGGAGGAGGCACCGGCUCCGGCAUGGGCACGCUCCUCAUCAGCAAGAUCCGGGAGGAGUACCCGGACCGCAUCAUGAACACGUUCAGCGUGGUGCCGUCGCCCAAGGUGUCAGACACCGUGGUGGAGCCCUACAACGCCACCCUGUCCGUCCACCAGCUGGUGGAGAACACUGAUGAGACCUACUGCAUUGACAACGAGGCGCUGUACGACAUCUGCUUCCGUACGUUGAAGCUCACCACGCCCACCUACGGCGAUCUGAACCACCUGGUGUCGGCCACAAUGAGCGGCGUCACCACCUGCCUGCGCUUCCCCGGUCAGCUGAACGCCGACCUGAGGAAGCUGGCCGUCAACAUGGUGCCGUUUCCCAGACUGCACUUCUUCAUGCCGGGCUUCGCCCCGCUGACGAGCCGAGGCAGCCAGCAGUACCGGGCCCUGACAGUCCCUGAACUCACCAUGCAGAUGUUCGACGCCAAGAACAUGAUGGCGGCGUGCGACCCGCGCCACGGCCGCUACCUGACGGUGGCGGCCAUCUUCCGCGGCCGCAUGUCCAUGAAGGAGGUGGACGAGCAGAUGCUGAACGUUCAGAACAAGAACAGCAGCUACUUCGUCGAGUGGAUCCCCAACAACGUGAAGACGGCCGUCUGCGACAUCCCGCCACGCGGCCUCAAGAUGGCCGCCACCUUCAUCGGAAACAGCACGGCCAUCCAGGAGCUGUUCAAGCGCAUCUCGGAGCAGUUCACCGCCAUGUUCCGCCGCAAGGCCUUCCUGCACUGGUACACCGGCGAGGGCAUGGAUGAGAUGGAGUUCACCGAGGCAGAGAGCAACAUGAACGACCUGGUGUCAGAAUACCAGCAGUACCAGGAGGCCACGGCAGAGGAGGAGGGAGAGUUUGAAGAGGAGGGAGAAGAAGACCUGGCCUAAGCAGCCGCCAUGUUGCUUUUCCUCCUGAUCUGCAGUUACAGUCAGGAAGCAUUUAGGUCAAAACACUGAAGUUGUGCUAAACAGCAGCAGCUUUACUGCUUCUGAGAUUGAAGGAUUUUCUCAGGCUCAGCUUGAAACAUGUUAGAUUUUACAUUAGAGCUAUAUCUGGAAUAUACAUAUUUGAAAUGUGUAAAACUGAUACAACUUGUGAUGUUAAAGUGUAACUAACCCUGUUAGAAAGCAUUAAAGCAGGCAGAGCCAAAAGACUCAGCCAAGGCUGAACGGUAAGCCUGUUAUAUUAACAUAGUUUGCUGGAUGAUAAAUUGUCCCAGAAGUUAUUGUGAUAAACAAUUAUGUUCUUGUGUUCAGACCGUUUUCAAGUAAUAUCAGACAGUCAUACUAAUAAUGUAAGAACACAUCAUCAAAUUUCAUUAAACUUUAAUUACUAAAGAAUAUUUAACAUUGGAACUGGAAGACAUUUUAAAUAUUCAAAAUAAAUAAAACA